UUGUGGGGGUGCUCCUUGAUCCAAUGAUGCCGCUCCCCAGGAGACGUUCGGAGCCCAGGACAUGUCGGGAUUGAGGAGAUACGAGGUGGCGCUGGAGGCGGAAGAGGAGAUCUACUGGGGCUGUUUCUACUUUUUCCCUUGGCUGCGAAUGUGGCGGAGAGAACGAAGCUCUGCUCACCCCCGGGAACAGAAACUGGAGCCUCUACGGGGCCUGAUGAGUUGUCUGUCGAGUGGCCUGGGUCCUGCUCCCUCGCGUUCCGGUCGUGGCCUCCAUUGCCGCACCCCUGCCGCCGCUCCCCAACCAGCAGGUGCAUUAAAGAUUUAAAGCGAAGCCCACCGUGCUGCCCUCCUGACUCUGCCGUUGGGGCUGUCCGUGUUCCUUAUUCCCGAGGCCUCCCUCGCCGAUAGGUCUCCUUCCAUGGCAGAGCUCAGGGCCCCUGGUGAGGGUCAGGCCUGUUGUUACUGUCAGCUCCUCCUCACCAAAAAAAAACCAACCAACCAACCAAACAAGUGAAACAAAACAACCACCGUCUGUUGCUGCGACAUGCCCGUGUGGAAAGAGCCAAGGCAGCCCUAGUCCAGUCUUCCUCUCAGCCUUAUCCCCCCCAACGACUGUAACCACUCAGGUGUCUUCCUGGCCAGGACUUGGCCAUGUGUCUGAAGAAGCUAUUGAGAAAUGGACCUAAAACAUUUCAAACCAGAACUGUAGGAAAGUAGGUUUGGGGAUGGGGAGGAGCUGGAGAUUCCUAGAAGCUGCCUCCCUCAGCCAGCCACCAGGGGAGAUCGCUGCUUCAGUUAAUUCUCCAACUCCUGUCUCCUCCUGUUUGAUCUUCAGUUUAGAGAUCCUUGGCAUACAUCCACUUGGAGGUUCUUCCUGCUUCUAGUUCCCAGUCUGUCCUCUGCGGUUAAUUAGGAACUAACCCUGCCACCAGAGGACUAAGAGAGAAAAUGCCCAGUUUCUGACCAGGCCCAGUCCUAACUUUUUUGCUGUCCCCUGCAUGCCUCUACCCCACCCCCAACCCCACGCCUUCCUGCAGCAGGCUGGUCUGGGAAGAGACUCAGCCCUUAUUUUUUGGAGAAGCCAAAGGAAAGAGACACACACGUGGAAGAAUUGAUUUCUCACCAAGUGUGUGGGAGGCACCUGGCUUGGCCUGAUGGAAGUCUACGGGGACAACCUGGGGGAUUGCCUCCAGAUUUCCUUGCUUCUCUACCCAGGCUAUGGGGCAUAAGUCAAUAUUUGAGAGUGAGAGAAGGAGGCCCAAAGGCCUCUGGUAAUAGAAGUUCAAUAUGAAUGACCUCAAGCAAAGCUGCUAGUGGAGUUCUGUAUCCCGUGACAUCUUUUAUUAUAAUUUAUUGUAAUUUUUCUGAAUAAAUAUGUAUUGCGUGGGAA